AUGCUUAAAUACCGGAGCAUCCUCCCGCUUUCCAAGGGCACCCCCAUAUCCAUCAAACAAGUCGAACUAAAACAGCCGGGACCCAAGCGAGUCCUUAUCAAAGUCCUGGCCUGUGGCGUGUGCCACACCGAUAGCUUCGAACAGCACGGCUUCCUGGGCGACGUCUUUCCCCGCGUUCCAGGCCACGAGCUCAUAGGUGACAUCGUGGCAGUCGGUGAGGGCGUGACUAGACUCUCUAUCGGCGACCGCGUGGGCGGUCCCUGGCACGGCGAACACGACGGAACGUGCCGCCAGUGCAUGCGUUCUCAGUUUCAAAUUUGUGACGUGAAAAAAGUUAAUGGUGUCAGUCACGACGGUGGUUAUGCUGAGUAUGUCCUACUCCAGGAGGAGGGUCAUGCGCAAGAUGGAGUUGGUGGGCUCGGACAUCUGGCGAUUCAGUAUGCGAACAAGAUGGGUUGCCAUGUUGUGGCUAUCAGCUCAGGCGGAUCCAAGAGAGACUUUGCGAAGCAGUUGGGGGCGCACGCUGACAUCGAUACGAGAAAGGAGGACGCCAUUGCCAAGCUGAAGGAGAUUGGCGGGGCCGCUUUGAUUGUUGCAACUGCGCCGAAUCCAAAGGCUAUCAGCCCUCUUGUGGGCGGAUUGCAAGCGGGUGGCAAGCUGCUCGUGCUGGCACCUGUUGGCCCCGUUGAGUUCGAUACAGGGGCUCUGGUGUCGCUGGGUUUGUCCAUUCACGGCUGGCCUAGUGGGCAUGCGCUCGACUGGGAGGAGGCUAUCAAGUUCGCCCAAGAACAUGGGGUCAAGUGUAUGGUUGAGACAUUCUCGCUUGAUGAUGCGCAGAAGGCUUUGGAUCAUUGUACUUCUGGGAAUUUACGUUUCAGGGCAGUUCUUUUAAUGUAG